AAUUUGAUAAACGAAAAACUCAAAAAAGUUAACGUCGACUGGUCCAUUUUUAUUAUUGGUGUUUUGUUAAUUUUGUAGGAAUUCUGAAAACUGAAUAUGAGUUACAGGCAUUAAAGUCUGUUUAUAGUUUAUACCAGUUUGGAUUAAUAUAUUACAAUGGACUUUCUGAAAAGUGGUAUUAAAACGGUUCUGGGUUCUCCAGAGCCCGGACAUCAACCAACUGGAGCCGAAACGGUGGAGAGAUUAGUAGAUAGAGUGAAUAACUCUACAUUACUAGAAGACCGUAGAGAUGCUUGCCGUGCCUUGAAAGCCAUGUCUAGAAAGUACAGAGUAGAAGUAGGUGCCCAAGGCAUGGACACAUUAAAGCAGGUUUUAGAGUUGGAUAGAGCUGAUAAUGAAACAAUAAACUAUGCAUUGGAUGCACUCAAUAAUAUAAUGUCACCAUCACAAUUUGAAGAAGAACAAGACAACCCUCACAUCCCCAUGAACAUUGGAGAACAGUUUACAGAAAUGUUUAUCAAAGAUCCUAACAAUAUACAGCUUAUAUUAGACAUGUUAGAUGAAUAUGAUUUCCGGGUGAGGCUUUCUGCUGUACAAUUACUAACAUCACUCCUGACCAAUAGAACAAAGGAUAUACAAGAAAUUAUUCUAGUAAAACCAAUGGGUGUCUCAAAAAUGAUGGACUUGCUUGGAGACUCUAGAGAAGUUAUAAGGAAUGAGACUCUCCUAUUACUUAUAAAGCUGACCAAAGGAAAUGCCAACAUACAGAAAAUUGUUGCAUUUGAAAAUGCAUUUGAUAGACUAUUUGAAAUACUGAAUAUUGAAGGUUAUUCAGAUGGUGGAAUAAUUGUUGAGGAUUGUCUCUUACUUAUGUUAAACUUACUGAAGAACAACAGCAGUAAUAUAAACUUUUUUAAAGAGGGCAGUUACAUACAAAAAAUGUUGCCAAUGUUUAAUACACCAGAUGAUAAUGAGGAUCUUGGUUGGUCGCCACAGAAAAUUUCUAAUGUACAUUGUAUGCUACAAAUUGUCCGAACUGUUGUUUCACCGAGCAAUUCGAUUCAAUUAGUGGCAAAUUGUCAGAAAAUAAUGAAGAAUGUUGGAUUAUUAGAUGCACUGUGCAACAUCUUAAUGGCUAGUGGUGUACCUGCGGAUAUAUUGACAGAGACUAUAAAUACAGUUGGAGAUGUGAUUAGGGGCAAUGAGGUGAAUCAGGAGUUUAUUGGUAAUGUCAUGGCUCCGUCUAACCCUCCAAGGCCUGCAAUUGUUGUGCUUCUUAUGUCUAUGGUGAAUGAAAAGCAACCAUUUGCAUUAAGAUGUGCUGUUCUAUACUGCUUCCAAUGUUACCUUUAUCACAAUGAGCUCAGCCAGUCAGCUCUUGUCCAAACACUUCUACCCUCAUCAUCAGAUGUCUCUGCUCUCACCAGUGGUCAAUUACUGUGUGGUGGCUUAUUCUCGUCGGAUGUACUAUCCAACUGGUUCUCAGCAGUAGCUCUGAUGCAUGGCCUAAUAGAAAACCCUGUGCAAAAGGAACAAUUGUUGAGGGUCCUACUGGCAACCAAUGUGGGCAGUGCUCCCGUUUCCUUGCUGCAUCAGUGCAUAUUAUUGCUGCAACAGACAACAAAGUUGCAGUCCAAGGUAGGUCUACUGAUGCUUCUGUGCACGUGGACAAGCGAGUGCAGCGCUGCUGUGAGCGCGUUCCUGGCAGCGCCGGGCGGUGUGGGGUUCCUAGUGAACCAGACCUCCUCCAACGAUCACGACGACAACGACUCUCUGCUGCAAGGACUCUCAGCAUUCCUCCUUGCCAUCUGUAUACACUUCAAUGACGAUUCGGUUGAGGCUUACACAAAAGAGUCCCUGAAGCAACUCCUCGUGAAGCGUAUUGGAGUUGAGACCUUCACAGCCAAGCUCAGCGAAGUAUCGAAACAUGAACUAUACAACAAGGCCGCGAAGCACCCUCAGCUUAGGGUCAAAGUGCCGUCAGAGAUUCUAAUUGACUACGAGUUCUGCAGACUAUUCAAAACAUUGGAAGGAAUUCUCAUACAGAGCGUGUCCAACAAGGAGGAGGUGUCCGGGCAGGCGGAAGGCGCGGUAGAAGGCCAGGUAGAGCAAUACAAGUCGCUGAUCCGGCAGCAGGAUGCUCGCCUGCAAGAGCUGCUGCAUCAGCUCGACUUGCUUAUUCAUCACAAGGGGAACUUGCAGCGUAGUCUCAACGAAUCCAUCGCGGCCAACUCUCUGCUCAAAGACGAGAACACCCUGCUGAAGGCGCAGCUAUCCGCCCAGACACCGUCACACUCCAGCACCAUGUACGACAACCAGGUGAACCCCACCCCGCAGAGCCACCAGGCGAGCCAGGCGGUGCCAACACUAACUCACCAGUCAAACCAGACAAAUCCCGCGCAACACAAUGAAAUAACAGAGUAUGAAAUCCGAAUAGAGCAAAUGAGUGCUGAAGUGAGUAGAUUGAACGCCCAGGUGGAAGAACUGAACACGCAGGUGAGCAGGCUGAACGGAGAGGUGGCGAGUGCUCGCCAAGGGCAGCUGGACGCCGAGCAAGAACUGGAAAAGCUGAAGAAGGAUCAGGAUGACUUGUUGGAGUUACUCGCUGAUCAGGAUUUAAAAAUAAGUAACUACAAAAUGCGGCUGCUAUCUCUGGGCCAGCCAAUAGAAGAUGACGAACCGACAGAAGCCACGCCCACUUCGACAUAGAGUAUUACAAAUAAGAAUAAUUAUGUUGUUAUCAAUUAAAGUAUGUAUUAUUGUGAAUUUUAUGAUGUUUUAAUAUAUUAUUAUUUAUUAAA